AUGAUUGAACAUCAUUCGUCAACUUGCCAGUCGAUCUUUACGGCAUAUGAGCUGGGGGUCCUCAAAGCGGCAAUUCUCGACAGCGCACGACGUCACCGCAAGUUGCGUGAUGACCAGUUGUCUGAAAAAUUUGAGAAAAUAAGUCCGCCAAAGCAGCCCUCUACUGACGGUGCCUUGGUUCACAACUUGUCCUCUCAUCGUUUUACUCAGCAACAACUAGAGGUUCUAUCCUAUGACGCGAAGUUCAACACAAGAGAUGCUCGACCAGAAGACUUUAUUGCAUCCUUUGAAUCGGCGCUCCAGAAGUGUGAGGCAGGCGAGGAGUGCAAAAACGCCAUGCGACAACAAGUGUCGACCUUACUCCUCCAACACAAACGCCAGAUGACGAUUUCUAGAGCAGAAGAUCGAGAACUUCUGAAGAUACGAAAAAUGAAGGAUAUCGUCACCCUGCCCGCCGACAAGGGGCGCUCGACUGUCGUCAUGGAUAAGGCUGAGUACUGCACAAAACUAGGCAACCUCUUAAUGGACAAGGAAGCUUAUGUGCCAUCGACCGUCUGCGAGUUUAAAAAGCUCGUAAACAGCAUAAACAAUACGAUCGGCAAGCUGAGGAAGGCGGGAGCUCUUACGAGAAGAGAGGCGUUGGCCGCAAAAGCCAGUGAUACCGCGAUGGCGCGCUUCUACGGCCUACUAAAGGUCCACAAGCAGGGGGCACCGCUACGCCCCAUCGUCUCCUUACGUGUUACUCCAACCUUUGGGCUGUCAAAGUGGCUGUACCAGCGACUUCGUUUCCUUACCAAGGAUGCGGAGUGGACAGUGAAGUCGGCUGAAGAGUUCUUGACGCGCAUCAAACAUCUCGAAGUGGAGGCAGAUGAGGUGAUGGUGUCAUUUGACGUGAUCUCAUUAUUCGCCUCCAUCCCACCCACGCUGGCUAUCGACGCUAUUGAUGGCUUUCUCCGGGAAAAGUAUGAUGAAACCGACCAACAGCUCAAAAGAGCACACAUCAUCGAGCUCCUAGAACUGUGUCUUAAGACGUCCUUUACAUUUAACGUCCAAGUCUACGAGCAAAAGAAGGGGACACCGAUGGGCUCGCCUCUGUCUGGACUAAUUGCCGACGCAGUUUUGCAGAGAUUCGAGCAGCAGGUCUUCAGCUCGUACCCCCCGAAGUUCUGGGCCAGAUACGUCGACGACACGUUCGUUGUAAUCAAGAGAAGCGAGGUGAAGACUUUCAAGGCAUUGUUGAACUCCGUCUUUCCCGAUAUUCGGUUUACUAUGGAAGAGGAAGUCAACAAUCAGUUGCCCUUCCUGGACGUACAAGUUACGAGAUUGACAGACGGGAAGAUAAGGACAACGGUUUACCGUGCGGCAACAAAUACCAGGCGCAUCCUCCACUUCCGAAGCAACCACCCUGUUGGUCAUAAACGCAGUUGUGUCAGAACUCUCUUUCAACGUGUUGAAACACACUGUAGCGACGACAGUGGGAGGAAGGAGGAGAUGAAUUACUUACAGGCCCUUUUUUAAAGCCAACGGCUACCCGAAGUCCUUCAUACGCAAUUGUCUCAGAAAGCCUCAUUUUGAGCGGUCGAGUGGAGAAAAGCCCAAGUUCUGUCUUUCAAUACCCUAUGUGAAGAACGUAUCAGAGGCAACGGGAAGAAUCCUGAAACCUUUUGGGAUUGGCGUGGCUCAUAAACCAGAAUGCACCAUCAGACCGCAAAUCAUGAAGCCCAAAGACCCGCUACCAACAACAGAACAGUCGGCGUUGGUCUACAGCAUACCAUGCCUAAAUUGCAAUGCGAGGUAUGUUGGUGAAGCGGGCAAACGCCUCGGUACAAGACUGCGCGAACACCAACUUGCAAUUUACCGCAAGGACAAGCUGUCUUUGGUCUAUGGCCACAUAAGAGAACUGAACCACGAUUUUGCCUUUGAGAAAGCGAGGGUUAUUGGCAGAGCCAAUGAGAAGAUGGCCAGACUGGUGCUCGAAAGUUGGUCCUCGGCUGGUACACUCAACCGAGCUAUAGAUCUACAUCCCGCCUACCAGGCGCUGCGUACAAGGCUCGGAUCAGUCCGGACAGGACCAGUAAGGCAAGUGAGCACGCGGGACCGAGAGUCAACGCUCACGGAAAAGAGCGGAAUUGGGGGCCAGAGGCCAUGUGACCAAAGCCGAACACUGUCUCACCGAUGCGUCCGCGAAGCUGAAUGCUGCUCACCUGAACAGCAACGACCGAUCAGUCCACUGGCUGAUGUGGGAGAGGUCAAGUGGCACGUUGAUUUGACCACAAUUCUGCCGACCCCAAAGGGAACAAAGAUCACGCAAGUCCAAUCGAAACAACAACAAUAACAACAACAACAACAAUACUCGCUCACCUUUUCAUCCAACAUCUUCUUUGUCUUCCUCUGCCUAUUCUUCUGUCUACACUUCUCCUUCGCCAUCUUCUUCUCCACCUCGUUCCCGUCGCCCCACUCGUUGUCACCAGACUGGCAGGGUGAGUCCGCUCACUCUGGCAGCCUGGAAUGUUCGUUCAAUUUUAGACAAUCCAAGGAGCAACCGACCGGAACGAAGGACGGCGCUAGUGGCAUGAGAACUGGCGCGCUACAAGGUGGACAUCGCCGCACUCCGCGAGACCCGAUUCUCCGAACAAGGCCAACUGGAGGAGGUGGGUGCCAGUUACACCUUCUUCUGGAGUGGUCUACCCAAGGCAGAGCGACGAGACGCGGGCGUCGCCUUCGCCAUUCGGAACGACAUCGUGGGACGACUGCCCUGUUAGCCGCAGGGCAUCAACGAUCGCCUGAUGAGCCUCCGCCUGCCUGUCUGAGGAGGCAAAUUCGCCAUCAUCAUCAGCGCCACGCUCCGACGAUGACCAGCCCUGAUGCCGCAAGAGACCAAUUCUACGAGAACCUGCACGCCCUCUUGGCGAAUGUGCCAAGGCGGACAAGUUGAUUGUCCUUGGCGACUUCAACGCCUGCGUCGGCACAGACCAUACUGCCUGGAAAGGAGUGUUGGGUCCCCAUGGUCUCCGCGGCUCAAACGACAAUGGUCUGCUGCUGCUCCGCACCUGCGCAGAACACCGCCUCAUCCUGACGAACACGUUCUUCUGUCUGCCGGAGCGAGAGAAGGCCACCUGCAGGCAUCCUCGGUCGUGUCAGUGGCGCCUGCUGGACUAUGUCCUCGUCCGGAGGCGAGAUCAGCGGGACGUGCUGGUGACGAAGGCGAUCGCAGGUGCUGACGGAUGGACCGACCAUCGGCUCGUCAUCUCGAAGAUGCGUCUUCGCCUACAGCCUCGCAGGAGACCACAAGGUAAGCGACCCCCAGGUAAGCUGAAUGUUGCCUGCUUGUCUUUGUCAGCUCACCGUCCUCAUUUCGGCAAUGAGCUAGCUCAACGGCUAGACAACCUACCAAUCGCUGCCGCAGACGACGCCGCCGCUGCCGAGAACGCAUCCGUGGAGAACCGCCGGUGUCAACUGCGGGACACGGUCCAGUCGACGGCGCUAGCCGUCCUUGGUCGCGUCCGCCGCCAACACCAGGACUGGUUCGACGACAACGACGCCGCCAUCAGAAAUCUGCUUGCUGAGAAGAACCGCCUACACAAAGCCUACGUAGAUCACCCCACUGAUGCCACCAAAGCCGCCUUCAACCGCAUUCACUGCCAACUUCAGCAACGACUGCGCGAGAUGCAGGACGCCUGGACUGCUCGCAAAGCUGAGGAGAUCCAAGGGUACGCAGACCGCAACGAAUGGAAGAACUUUUUCUCUGCGAUCAAAGCUGUCUACAGUCCGCCGACGAAGGGCACUGCUCAUCUCCACAGCGCCGACGGCAACACUCUUCUGACUGAGAAGACGCAAGUCCUACAGCGAUGGGCCGAGCAGUUCCGAGGCGUCCUCAAACGCCCCUCCGUCAUCUCUCCAGGAGACCGUCAGGGCCGUGCAGCAGCUCUCCAGCGGGAAAGCCCCCGUAUCGGACGCAAUCCCUGCUGA